AUGGCAUCCUCCUCGCGCGACCCCUUUGGCCAGAUCCUCAAGAACCUGGCCCUCAUCGCCCUGAGCCUCGCUUUUUUGCCCUUGAACACGGUCCUGCUGUUCGCGUGCUAUGCCUGGCAGCACCUGCGUCCCGGCCGGGCUUCCGGCACUCACGGCACUCCCGGCGCUCCCGGUACGGCGGACCAACGGCAACCGCUGCGCCGCCGGACCAUCCUCGUCACCGGCGUCGGCAUGACCAAAGGCCUCACACUGGCACGCCUGUUCCACCAAGCCGGCCACCGCGUCGUCGGCGCCGACUUCUCCCCCCACGCCUGCGGCAGCAGGUCCCGCGCGCUGUCCGCCUACCACGUCCUCCAGAAGCCCGGCCGCGGAAGCGCCGACCCUUACCUCGACUCGGUGCUCAGGGUCGUCGAGCAGGAAAAGGUUGAUCUCUGGGUCAGCUGCUCGGGCGUCAGCUCCGCCGUCGAGGACGGCAUCGUCAAGGAGGUCCUCGAGGCUCGCACCCGCUGCCGCGCUGUGCAGUUCGACGUCGCGCGCACCCAGGUGCUGCACGAGAAGGACUCCUUCAUGGAGCACACGGGCGAGACGGGGAUGCGCGUGCCCGAGUCCUACCUCGUCACGAGCCGCAAUGAGAUGAUCGCCGCGCUCGAGGGCGCCGCCGCGGGGCUGUCGUACGACUCGGAAGGGGAGGCCGCCAAGCCGCCGAGGGCCAGGAGGCCGCGCUUCAUCGCCAAGUCGGUCGGCGUCAACGACAGGGGCCGCGGCGACAUGACGCUGCUGCCGCUGCCGACGGAGAAGCAGACGUACGACCACAUCUACCACCUCGAGUGGCUGGGCCUGUCGGACAAAGAGCCCUGGCUGCUGCAGGAGUUCAUUGACGGCCACGAGUUCUGCACGCACUCGCUCGUCGUGCGCGGCAGGGUGCGCGCCUUCGUCGCGUGCCGCUCGGCAGAGCUGCUGAUGCACUACGUCGCGCUGCCGCCCGAGUCGUCGCUGUCGCUCGCGAUGCUCGAGUUCACGAGGAAGCAGGCCGCGUCGUUCGGGGAGAGCUUCACGGGCCACCUGAGCUUCGACUUCAUGGUGACCGACACGGACGUGGCCGUGGCCAAGAUCAGCAGCCCCGAGCAGCUGGCGUUGUAUCCCAUCGAGUGCAACCCGCGGGCGCACACGGCCGUCGCGCUGUUUGGGGACACGCCGGACUUGGUGCAGCAGUACCUCGCCGUCCUCGAUGAUGAUGAUGAUGAUGACGAUAAUGACGACGAAAAGUCUGGGGAGAGGCUCGGUGUUGAGGUGGUGACGCCGCGGAGGCCGACCAAGUACUACUGGAUCGGCCACGAUCUUCUGACGCUCCUCCUGCUCCCCACGGCGCAGCUCCUGCUCUUCCGCACGUCGUUGGCGGCGUAUGGACGCUCCGUCAAGACGUUUGCUGAGCACAUCCUGUUCUGGAAGGAUGGCACAUUCGAGCCGUGGGACCCACUGCCGGCGUGGUGGCUGUACCACGUCUACUGGCCCUCGGUGUUCUGGAACUGCAUCGUCAACUGGCGGUGCUGGAGCCGCAUCAACGUGAGCACUACAAAGAUGUUUGAGUGCGACUGA